AUGUCCGGACAAGGCUCCGGCGGCGGUGGAGGGGGAGGCGGCGGCGGCCAACCCUCCAACCAAUCCCAAUAUAAUUAUGCCAACAUGUCGAAUUUGGUCCUCCAAGCUGAUCGGAGAUUUGGAUCGGGUCCCCGACGUGGCGAGGAAGGGAGUGGAGAGGCUGAAUCGCUUGCUGGGCGCGUAAGUAUCAAGGAUAUGGGGACGCGGUCGACUCGUGAUAUUGCACCUAAGGAGAAGAGGAAACCGAUGAAGAAAAGUGAAUUAGGCGGUGUUGGGGGUAGUGGCGGGGUCGAAGACAUUAGGGUGCCAAUGAGGGGGGAUAAGAAGAAGAAAGAAGCAACUCUAUCAUCAGCCGCAGACUUUGCGAUCGAAGGCCUAAAAUACCGUCCACGAACGCAAGAAACUCGCGACGUAUACGAUUUAAUCCUCUCCUUCGUUCUUGACGAAUUACACGGCGAUGUCCCAUCCGAUGUCGUACGGUCUGCAGCCGAUGCCAUCCUUGAGACUUUAAAAUCAGAGGGUCUUAAGGACUUCGACAAGAAGAAGGAGAUUGAUGAAGUUUUGGGUGUGGUUUUGAAGGCCGAUCGGUUCAAUAAGCUGGUUAACUUGGGAAAGAAGAUUACAGAUUAUGAUGCCGAAGGGGAUGAAGAGAUGGGAGGUACUGGUGAAGGAGAGGCCGAGGAUCUGGAUGAUCGUCACGGUGUUGCUGUGGUCUUUGAUGAAGAUGAAGAGGAGGACGAAGAAGGUGCUGGGACCUUUGAAGUUGGGGAUGAUGGUAGUGACGAUGAAGAGGAAGGAGAUGCCGCCCCCAAAGACGAAGGGGAAAAGGACGGAGAUGGGGACGAGGAAAGCGGUGAUGAGUUGGUCAUCAAAGCUGCUGUUUCCUCAGAUGGAAAGAAGAAGGGCAAAGAUGAGGAUAAAGAGUUUGUACCCGCACAUAUGAUCGAUGCUUUCUGGUUACAAAGAACGAUUGGUACCGUUUACGCGGAUGUUCAUGAGGCUGCGACAAAGACUACGACCGCCAUGGAUCUAUUAGCUAGCGAAGUUCCGUUACGACAGCUGGAGAACGACCUUAUGGAGCUUUUUGACUACGAGCAUUUCGAUACAGUUAAGGUGCUUACAAAGAACCGUGAAAAGAUUGUUUGGUGUACACGACUUGCGAAGGCUGGUGAAGAAGACGAGGCGGAAGGAAUUAAGAAGGAGAUGAUUGAGGCUGGAUUGAAGGGGAUUCUGGAUGAAGUCGAGGCAAGAGAUGGGAAACCCGCUUCUUCUUCUGCUGGUGGGAAGGCUAUCAAGGUUGAUUUGAUGGAUGUUGAUGUUCCCGCUGAGGAAAAGCAACAAGGCACGAAAAAGGCGGGACAAUUUGUUACUGGACUGCAACCGAAAAAGACCUUUGACCUAGAAAAUCUCAUCUUCGAACAGGGAAAUCAUCUUAUGACCAACCCCAACGUCAAGCUCCCCCAAGGUUCCACAAAGCGACUUUUCAAGGGGUAUGAAGAGUACCAUAUCCCCGUUCCCAAGAAGAAGGGCGACGUCCCCGGUGAGGAACUGGUGGACGUAUCUUCCAUGCCUCAGUGGGCACAGCAUCCAUUUACAGCAUCGAAAUCGACAAAGCUCAACAGAAUUCAGUCGAAAUGCUACCCCACUGCGUUUAGCGGCGAUGGCAACAUGCUCGUUUGCGCGCCCACCGGGUCUGGAAAGACUAAUGUGGCCAUGUUAACGAUGUUACGCGAGAUCGGGAAGAAUAUUGAUCCCAAGACUGGACAGGUUCGACUCGACGACUUCAAGAUCAUCUAUAUCGCCCCUUUGAAGGCCUUGGUUCAAGAGCAAGUCGGCAAUUUCGGACAACGGCUGGAGCAUUACGGAAUCAAAGUUGCGGAGUUGACUGGAGAUCGACAAUUGACGAAAGCACAGAUUGCGGAUACUCAGGUUAUUGUUACGACACCGGAGAAGUGGGAUGUUAUUACUCGAAAGGCUACGGAUACUAGUUAUACGAACCUUGUCAGAUUGAUUAUCAUUGACGAAAUCCAUUUACUUCACGACGAACGUGGGCCUGUGCUUGAGAGUAUUGUUAGCCGAACGAUCAGACGGCAGGAACAGACUCUUGAGCCCGUGCGUAUCGUUGGAUUGUCUGCUACUCUGCCAAAUUACCUCGACGUUGCUGCUUUCUUACGGAUUGAUACUGUCUCCGGGCUUUUCCACUUUGACGGUAGUUAUCGACCUUGUCCGCUCAAACAGGAGUUUGUGGGCGUGACGGAAAAGAAGCCCCAUAAACAGCUGCAGGUUAUGAAUGAAGUCACGUAUAAUAAGGUGAUGGAGCAGGUUACCAAGAAUCAGAUGCUUAUCUUUGUACAUUCCCGAGCUGAUACUGGCAAGACGGGGAAGUAUAUCAGAGAUAAGGCUAUCGAACUCGGGACUAUUGGUGAUAUCAUCCGGAGCGAUGAAGCCAGUCAGGAAAUUUUGAGGGAAGAAGCCGAGGGAGUUGAAAAUGCGGAGUUGAAGGAUUUAAUGCCCUACGGUAUUGGUAUCCAUCAUGCGGGAAUGAGGAGGUUGGAUAGGCAGAUUGUGGAGGACUUGUUUACAGACGGUGCGCUGAGAGUGCUAGUCUGUACCGCUACUCUCGCCUGGGGUGUCAAUCUUCCGGCUCAUACGGUUAUCAUCAAGGGCACUACUGUUUACUCUCCAGAAAAGGGUGAUUGGGUGGAACUUUCGCCACAGGAUGUGCUUCAGAUGCUUGGAAGAGCUGGAAGACCUCAGUAUGAUGUUUACGGAGAAGGUAUCAUCAUUACGAAGAGCACAGAGUUACAGUAUUACCUUGGUUUGCUGAACCAGCAGCUCCCUAUUGAAAGCCAGUUUGUGAGCAAGUUGAUUGAUAAUUUAAAUGCUGAGGUUGUCCUGGGGACUGUUAAGAGUCGGGAUGAUGCUGUUGAGUGGCUGGGAUACACCUAUCUCUACGUUAGAAUGCUUCGAUCACCGGUUAUUUACAACGUCGGGCACGACUACGAUGGAGAUGAGGCAUUACUCCAGAAGAGGGUGGACUUGGCACAUUCUGCGGCGGUUAUGCUUGAUAAGUGCGGACUUGUCAAGUAUGAUGUCAAGUCUGGGAAGCUUACGGCGACAGAGCUCGGGAGAAUCGCAAGUCAUUAUUAUAUUACUCAUAAGAGUAUGCAGACUUAUACUCAGCAUUUGGCACCUAAUAUCUCUGCGAUCGAGAUGUUUAGGUUGUUUUCGUUGAGUGAGGAGUUCAAAUAUAUCCCUGUGAGGAGAGAUGAGACACCCGAGCUGCAGAAGUUGUUAGGGAAGGUGCCGGUGCCGGUGAAAGAAGGGGCGGAGGAUCCACAGGCGAAGAUUAAUGUGCUGUUACAGGCAUAUAUUUCACGACUAAAGUUGGAUGGAUUGGCGUUGAUGGCUGAUAUGGUUUAUGUUACGCAGAGUGCGGGCAGAAUCUUAAGGGCUGUCUUUGAGAUGUGUUUGAAGAAAGGGUGGGCCAGUGUUGCGAAGAUUGCAUUGGAGCUUUGUAAGACCGUUGAGAAGCGGAUGUGGCCGACUAUGACGCCUUUGCGACAGUUUACGGAGUGCCCGCCUGAGGUUGUAAGAAAGCUAGAGAAGAUGGAUAUUCCAUGGAGUAGGAUGUUUGAUAUGGAGGUUCCGGAGUUGGGAGAGUUGGUGGGGAGUGCGAGUAGUGGGAGGGUUAUUCAUCAGCUGCUUAGGAAGUUCCCGAGGGUUGACGUUCAAGCUCAAGUUCAGCCCGUCACGAGGAGUCUGUUGAGGGUGGAGAUGACGAUUACGCCGGAGUUUGAGUGGGAUGAGGCGGUUCAUGGCAAUGCUGAAGGAUUUUGGAUUAUUGCCGAGGACUGCGAUGGAGAGCAAGUGCUGUUUUCGGACCAGUUUAUUCUAAAGCGUGAUUAUACCACUGGAGAUGAGAAUCAGCAUCUUGUGGAGUUUACGGUACCGAUCUCUGAGCCCGUCCCACCAAAUUACUUCUUCACGGUAGUUAGUGAUCGCUGGAUGCAUUCUGAGACAAAGUUGGCGGUCAGCUUCAGAAAGUUGAUUUUACCGGAGAAGUUCCCAGCACACACUCAAUUAUUGGAUUUGCAACCUUUGCCGGUCAAUGCUCUUAAGAGGAAGGAGUUUGUGGCGUUGUACCCGGAAUGGAGGGAGUUUAAUAAGAUACAGACACAGGUGUUUAAUUCGUUGUUUGGGACGGAUGACAACGUGUUUGUGGGGGCUCCCGUGGGCAGUGGGAAGACCGUCUGCGCGGAGUUUGCGCUGCUGAGGCAUUGGUCGAAGAAGGAGCCUGGUAGGGCAGUUUAUAUUGCGCCAUUCCAGGAGUUGGUGGAUCAGAGGUUGAAGGAUUGGAGUAAGAGGAUGGGACAUCUAGGGAAGACGAUUGUGAAGUUGACCGGGGAGACGACUGCGGAUCUUAAACUUCUAGAAAGGGGGGAUCUGAUACUUGCGACACCGGGACAAUGGGACGUGCUCUCUAGACAGUGGCAGAGACGACGGAAUGUGCAGACUGUCAAUCUGUUUAUUGCGGAUGAUCUUCACAUGCUUGGAGGGAAUCUUGGAUACCUUUACGAAAUCGUGGUGUCUAGGAUGCAGUAUAUUGCCAUUCAGUUGGAGAAGACGGAUACCAGGAUUGUAGCGCUCAGUGUUUCCCUUGCGAACGCUAGAGAUCUUGGAGAGUGGAUUGGGGCUACUUCGCAUACGAUUUACAACUUCAGUCCAUUCGAUCGACCGAUUCCUCUUGCGAUUCAUAUGCAGAGCUUUACGAUCCCACAUCACCCAAGUAUGAUGCUUGCUAUGGUUAAGCCAGUUUACCAGGCUAUUGUGCAGCAUUCUCAAGGCGAAAGAGCGGUUGUUUAUGUCUCUAGUCGGAAGGAGUGCAGGAAUUCUUCGAUGGAUUUGCUGACGCAGUGUAUUGCGGGUGACGACGAGGAUAUCUUCCUACACGCUGAUCCUGAAGAUGAAGGGUUCCUGAAGAUGUUGGAGAAGGUCACGGAGAAAACUUUGGCGGCUAGUUUGAGGCAUGGAAUUGGGUAUUUCCACGAAGCGCUAAAUGCUUCUGAUAAGCAGAUUGUCCGAUAUCUGUUUGAAGCCGGUGCUGUGCAGGUGCUCUUUGCGACUAGAGACGUCUGUUGGGAAUUGGAUGUUACCGCGCCGCUUGUUGUGGUUAUGGGAACUCAGUUCUUUGAAGGUCGAGAGCACCGGUAUGUGGAUUAUCCGUUGAGUGAGGUGCUUCAGAUGCUUGGACAGUCUACGGAUAAAGCUGUCCUUAUGACUCCAGCUGCGAAGAAGGAUUAUUACCGCAAGUUUGUCAAUGAAGCCUUACCGAUCGAAAGUCAUCUACAAUCGUAUCUCGCCGAUGCAUUUGUCGCAGAGAUUAGUACAAAGAUGAUCACUUCGACUCAAGAUGCUGUUGAUUGGACUACGUAUAGCUACUUCUACAGGAGGUUACUUGCGAAUCCUAGCUUUUAUGGACUCACGGACGUUAGUCAUGAGGGGCUUUCUACGUUCUUGUCGGAGCUAGUGGAGAAUACGUUGAAAGAAUUGUCGGAGGCGAAGACUAUUGAUCUUGACGAAGAGGACGAUAGUGUUUCUCCAUUGAACCCUGCGAUGAUUGCCGCGUAUUAUAAUGUCUCGUUUAUUACGAUGCAAACUUUCUUGUUGAGUUUGAAUGCGAAGACGAAGUUAAAGGGGUUAUUGGAGAUUGUUACCUCGGCUACUGAGUUUGAAGUUAUUCAGAUUCGAAAGAAAGAAGGAGGACUGUUGAGGAGGAUCCAUGAGAGUUUACCGGUUAAGAUGCAGGAACCUGUCAAUUAUGAGUCUGCGCAUUUUAAGGCCUUUGUGUUGCUGCAGGCACAUUUUUCGAGAUUGCAAUUGCCGGUGGAUCUGAAGAGCGAUCAGGGACUUGUGGUGGGGAAGGUACUUGGACUGCUAAAUGCAUGUGUGGAUGUGCUUAGUAGUGAGGGAGCGGUUAAUGCUAUGAGGGCUAUGGAGAUGAGUCAAAUGGUCGUGCAAGGGAUGUGGGAUGUUAGUAGGGAUAGUCCAUUGAAGCAGAUACCAUACUUUGGAGCGGAACAAGUUAAGAUUGCUAAUGGGUUUGGGAUCAAACGAGUCUUCGACUUUAUCGAUGAAAUGGGACCGGAUGGUGAAAAUCGAGACAAACUUCUUAAGAAGUUGGCAUUCGAUCGGAAUCAAUUACAGGCCAUCGCAUCCUUCACCAACGAAAAAUAUCCAGACGUGGAGUUUAAUGCGGAAAUCGAAGAUCAAGAAUCCAUCGCCGCCGGUCAACCGGCAUACAUCAAUAUUUCCUUAUCCCGCGAAGCCGAAGAAGAUGAAGAUGAUGACGAAGCUUCCGAAGAACCAGAUCUUACGGUUCACGCACCAUUUUAUACGACGACGAAGAUGGAAGGAUGGUGGGUUGUUGUUACGGAUGAUACGACGAAUAGUUUGUUGGCUAUCAAACGGUUGACAUUUGGGAAGAAGACGGCGGUGAGGUUGGAGUUUGUGGUGGGGACGGAAGGGACGCAUAAGAUUAGUGCGUUUUUGAUGAGUGAUUGUUAUGUUGAUGUUGAUCAGGAAUUAGGAUUUGAGGUUUUGGUUGCAGAAGGGGAGGAGGAGGAUGCGGAAGGAGAGGAGGAUGAGGAGGAUGAAUAG